CGACAUCGAGCUCGACGCGAUACUAAUGGCUACCUGUUGUUAGUAAUCGCGAGAAUGUCGAGUGAGGUGCAAGUGACGCUUGUUCUGUUAGUUGCGGUUUUAACCCUUUCAUCAGGUUUUCCGCAAAAAAUUAUAAACGCUGACAAAACGUCCCAAGAAUCCUCAGGUGGUCCACCAUUUUUGGAAUUUAAAAAUGGAGCUGUGAGAUUAAAUUUCGGUGGUUAUCACGCGGAAGCUGGACUCGGUGGACUAUUAGGUGGUGGAAGAGCCGGAGGUGGUCUUCAUGUAAGCGCCGGAACUCCUGAAGGUUCACACGCUUCCGCUGGAUUAGGUGGACUUCUCGGUGACAACGGAAGCGCUGGUGGUGGUCUACAUGCUCGAGCUGGUUUGGGCAAAGAUGGUCCAGAGGCAAAAGCCGGACUCGGAGGAAUUCUCGAUGGAUCGUCGAAAAAAUUGUACCGCGAUGGUGUAGUGUUUGCCGACUCAACGUGGAAAAAAGGUGAAAAAAAUGAAAACGAACGAAAAAAUAUUCAAGUUAUUCCACGAGCGUUGAAAAAUAAGGAGGUAGCAUCAUCGUCUAAGGAGAUCACUGCCAAUGAUGAUUCAGGCGUAUCUGCAACUUCAUCUGCAACGACAGUGACGUCACUGCAGAAAGAAAAGGAUAAUGAUGACAAAGAUACGGGAAUUGGAAUAUCAGUUCUCAAGAUAAAAACUUUGGAUAAAUCAGAACCGGCUGAAGGUUCAUCUAUCGACGCACUAGACACAAAUCUGGAGUCACGUAAUCGUGGGAUUUAUCCGGCCCGUUGGUACAGAAAACGAUUAAGAGCAGGUGCGAGAAAAAAUGUUCUUUAUAAUACUGUUUUGUUACCCGAAGGAGAACCCAUUGUGGCUCCAAGUUCACCUGGAAUUUUUGCUCGUGCAGGUCCCGAGGUGUCUUAUUCGCACAACAAUAAUAAUUACGAUGGUCAAAAAUCCAGUACCUUAUUUGAUGACAUUUUCAAUAUACCGAUCUCAACACUAAAUGCCGUGAACCAAUUGCUGAAAAAUAAAAUCGGUUGAAUGCCGAAUAAAUGAAAAUCCAGUUGGAAAUUUUCGAGACAAAAAACGGUUUUUUUUUUUAAAAACACAGUGAACUUUAUUUAAAAGUAGUUGCACGUUUUUUUUUUGUACAUUUGAAUUACAUAUUUUGUAUUCCGUUUACACCUCCGCAUGUAAAAUACUCAGUCACACUAGCAAGGUUGAAAAGAAAAAAAAAAAUAUUUCCACAUUGUCGUCUUGUUUUCUUAUAAAUAAAUUAAGUACUCAAAGAAUGAA